AUGAGUUUCCCCGGAAAGGUAGAACUAUCACCUGUACAACCUCUACCCCUGGAUAUAGGUAUUCCGGUUACUCCGAAUGAAAAGGAACUCAGGGAAAGAAGGCGAUUCUCCAAGUUGAUUCCUUUUCUUUAUACCGUUCAAAAAUGGUCUAUAUUGCCUUUCGGGUGCUUUGCAUUGCUGCAUAUUCCAGCAGUGGUUGUAAUGCCCAGUUUAAGUGUCAAUUUGGCUAAGCAACUGUUCACUAUGGGCAGAUGCGUAUAUCAAGCUCCUGGCCUGGAAUCUUUGAUGAUUUGGGGGAGUUUGGGGGUUCAUAUUCUUAGUGGAGUGACAUUGAGACUACUCAAGAUCUACAGAAACUAUUCGUACUAUGGGAUGGUGCACAAGAGGACGAGACGAAGGAAAUCACUGUUUGCCAAGGAGAAUACCGAUGAUUUGGACCCUUCUUUUGGUAUGGGUGGUAUCACUAGUUUAUUGGGUUUAGGAUUCAAAGGAUCUUAUAUUUCAAAGAUUCUCGGUAUUUCUCCGUUAUCGUUUACCGGUUAUCUGCUACUUCCAGUGUUGGCAGCACAUAUUAAUGACAUGAGAUUACUACCUGCCUCAAUUGACGGAGACAGUAACCUGAUUGAUGUUGAAUACAUAACGCAAGCCUUGGCUCAGCAUAAGUGGACUACCUCCUUAGGCCUGUUGGCGCUGGUUGGAUUAGCAAGCUACCACACCAUUGGAGGAAUGAUGAGAUACUUGAAGCUAUAUUCGCUGAGAAGUAGACAAUGGUCUUAUGCUCUAGUGGUGGGUAUGUUCACUGUUGCAGGAUUCAGUCUAAGAGCAAUCAGUCAGCUUCCUUUGAUACAGGGCUAUGUAGGGAAGAGAUACUCGGUAUAUCUUGCUUAG